AUGCUAGCCUCGGGCCCUGCGACUAGUCCGCCUGGCGACAGGGCCCUCCGGUUGGUGGCAUUUUCCAAGCGGCUCUCCUCCAUACCGAGCGUCGCACCUACAGUGCUCAUCUCCUCCCUUCUGGGCGCCCCGGAGCACAGCUCCCGACAAGCUGGUUACCCGCUCUCGGCCCUGACAAUCAGCUACGACGAUUACCUGUUCGGCUGUGCCUGCAGUGUUUCGUGCUUGGCCGGCCAGCAACAACGGCCCGCGUCCGCUCCCCCACAAGCCAGCAAGCAGCGUGUCGGCCAGCCAGCCAGCCAGCCAGCCAGCCAGCCAGCCAGCCAGCCAGCCACUCCAGCACUUUCAUCAUGGACCAAUUACCCCUACUACUGGGCACCAGCGUGCGGCGGCCGCCUCCGAAGUACGAGACGUAUCUGCGUGGUGAACGCCGGCUCCGAGUGGGUUCCCUCAACGCUAGACACCAACUUGGAGCCGCUUCCAGGGCCUCUUAGCGCCUCACUGCUCCGGAGCCAGAAGACGUCUUGUCCCAGCAUUGCGCGCCAGACCGACCUGGUUGAGUCUCUCCCAAGGACGCCGUCUCAUUUCAUCUCGUCUCAGUCAAAGGGCGGCGCCGGCAGACUGCACUUGUCCAAGCAGGAGCAUUUCGAUGGCUGA